AUGGCCGACAUCAAAGCCCCGUCAGACAACGCCAUAAUUGUCGAUCGAGAAUGCUACUGGGAUUGCUUCCCAGAAGAGGACGCAGAAACACAAGAGUUCUACAGACAAUCAAUAGAACAUCGCGGUCCCGACCGACACCGUGAGCCCGGAAGAUACUUCCCAGUUAUCCGAGUCCCGGCAAGCCAACUAUUGCAGCCUCUCUCAGUCAGAUCUGUAUACGAGCAUUGGUGUGAAACCGGUAAGAUUGCGACAAUACAACCAGGUUAUACCGAAAUAAAUCUUGACACCAAAACGAUGCUGGCCGCCUAUCGAUUCGGCCUUGAAAUGAGCCGCGCGCGGUGCGCCGACUUUCGCGACGCCAUCAUGGAUGCACUAGCUGAGAAUUUCGACGCGCAAACAGGCUCUGAUAUAGGCUUGUUUCAUGGCGUCUUCAAAGCGGUGGAGAACGUGCCUAAUUCCAACCUGGAACGCCUUCUCGCCUUUCAUAUCGCGCUGAGCACGGAUCCCGGAUGCUUCAACUCCAUCUUGGCCAGAACAAACAAGCAAUUUUUGCACCACGUCCACGAACAGAUAAAGACAUUCCCCAAAGGAGUGCGCUACUACGAUAUCUGGGACGACUUCAUGCUCAACAACCGCUGCAAAUUUCAUGAGCAUCCGACCGGAAGAUGCUGGAGGCCGGCAGAAUCGGGGCCCGAAGUCGCGCCACCGGAACAUCCAGAGGCGGUGGCAAGGCGGGCACGGAUGUGGAAAGCAAAGGAGGUUGAAGAGGUGGAUCUUGGGGACAUUGACUGGUUUAGGCUCUAG